UUUUUUUUUUUUUUAAAAAAAAAACUCUUUGUUUUGUUUCACUAUUGUUCUUAGAUGUUAAGAAAAAAAAGCAGCAAAAAUUCGGCAAGUCAUAAUUUAGAAUUAGAAAAAGAAAAUGCACCUUCUUGUUACAGUAACAUUAAUGUUAAUACACCAUCUGAAGUUAUUGUGACAACAACAAUUAAAAAAGAUUAUGAUCCCACUACGGGAAAUAAACUAAUUAAUCAGUAUAUGAUUUUGAAAGAAAUUGGAAGAGGUGUUCAUGGCAAAGUAAAAUUAGCUCAAAACAUGGAGACAGUUUACUGUCUAGGCAAUCAAAAUUGUAGAUAAAAAGAAUAGACGACGACAAAUGGGAUACAGUUUACUUCGAGGAAGUCAGCAAGCACAAGGCUUAGAGCCUGCUUCAAAGGAGAGUGAACAAAAAUUGAGAAGAGAAAUUGCAAUAUUAAAAAAAUGUCGUCAUCCAAAUGUAGUGCAGUUAUUUGAAGUUAUUGAUGUACCAGAAAGUCGAAAGAUAUAUAUGGCCUUGGAAUAUACUGAAAAUGGCGAAAUUGGAUGGAGAGACGAAUACGACCAUCCUAUUUUAUCAAUUAAUGAGGCUAGAAGAAUAUUUAGAGACAUUGUUAGUGGACUUGAUUAUCUUCAUUACCAAGGCAUUAUACACAGAGAUAUCAAGCCUGCUAAUCUUUUAUUAUCACAAAAUGGAGUUGCAAAAAUAUCAGAUUUUGGUGUAUCUUAUUACAAUGAGUUAUUAGCAGCUAAUAAUACUGUGCAGCCAACAGAGGAAUUACUAAAUAAAAUAGAUAGAGAAUUAGCAGAGACUGCAGGAACUCCAGCUUUUUUUGCUCCUGAAUUAUGUUGUGCUGGUGACCUUUUUUCAUCUCAUAAAAGACCACGCAUUUCAAAGGCAAUUGAUGUAUGGUCUCUUGGAGUUACUCUUUACUGUUUCAUUUUUGGUCAAUGUCCAUUUAUAGCUGCCACAGAAUUUGAAUUGUUUGAUACAAUACCUACUCAGCCUCUUACAUUUCCUUCUAUUGAGCAAGUUGGAUUUAAAAUUGAGGAUAACUUGGAAAACCUACUAAAAGGAUUGUUAACUAAGAAUCCUGAUGAACGUAUUACACUAGAACAAGUAAAGCAUCAUGCAUGGGUUACUGAAGAUUUAGUUGAUCCUCAAGAAUGGAUAUCAAUGUCAGAUCCAAAGCGUUAUAUCAGCAUAUCAGUAGUUGUUAGAAACUCGUUAGGAAGAGAAAAAGAAUCACAACAACAAGAGAAUAUAACAAUAAUGGAACGUUUACGUCAGUCUAUAAAAAAGCUAUCAUUUUCAUUUAGUGGUGGUAAUAAUCGACGUAGACCAUCAAAACAAUUAUCGACUACAACUUCUCGACCUUUAUCUCAUCAACCUACACCUACCAUAAAUACUGGAGCAGUUUAUAAUAAUAACUAUCGUCAUUCUUCUAACAUUAAUUAUCAUUUACCACAACCUAUCAUGAAUAAGCAGCCUUCUUCUCUUCCAACAACAUCACUAUUAUCACCCACUACAAGCUCUGCUACACCUACUGUUUCAUUAUCUACAGGACAUACUUUAAUAUUCAAUUCAGAAUUACCAAAUAAUAGUAGUCAUAUAUCCUCUCCCUCAAUACACCCAUUACGACCUAUAUCCUCAUCAUGCAUAUCAGAUGAUUCUUCAUCUAUUAUUGAAGAAAACAAUGAAUAUUACGAUACGGAUGAUAGUCCUCAAAGUAUUUCAAUGUCACCUAGCCAAAGACCUUCUAUGAGUAGGCAAAUUUCAUCUGCUUCUUCAUCAUCUGGAUUAGGCUUAACAUUUGGUAAAUACAGAAGUGGAAUGACACCAAUGGAGAUUAUGCAGCCGAGCAAUAAAUAAUAAUAAAUGCAUUCUAUUGAUACCUUUUUCUAUCAUGUUUAUCUAUUUAUAUACACAUAUAUUUUUUUUGCCUUUAUAUUCAUUAUAAAUCUGCAAGUGAUAGUAAUAGACUACAUUUAAAAUAUAUAAUAAAAAGAAAGACGAAUCAUAUUCGAGGUUAUAG